GUGUAAAUGAAGCCGUGAAACUGCGCUGUGUUUUGGCAUGUUGGGGUUUCACGAGACCGGGUUUUAAGAGGAGGUGUGUACUUGUGUGUGACUUGUGUGACAUCAUUUGGCUGGUUUUAUGUUGGACUUUGGCAUUCGGGUUCGCUAGGAACAAAGUCAGUUUGUUGGAUCGCAUGGAUGGAAAUGGAAUGCUAAAAAAUACUUUUUGAAUGAGUUGGGAUAAAAAAAGAAACGAUGUGCCAAGAAAGAAGCGUUUGAGACAUGGUGAAAGUGGAAUUCGUUUGUCAUUAAUUUGCAUACCACAUAUUUAUGUACAUAGCAAAAUGUCCAAUUGCGUUGAAUGAUGCUGAUGAUGAUAUUUUUAUCCUGAAUUUUCUACUUAAGUUUCACAUUUAUUUCGCCCAGCGUCAAAAAAUAUAAUGUAAUUCAUCAAUAUUGAUGAACAGGGUCGGUGAAAAAACGUACGCGAGAUUCUCAUGUAACUUGGAUUCAUAAAAGAUCAGAGGAAAUGGCGAGCAUAGCACUAAAGAAGAAAGUUGUGGUUAUAGGGGGUGGAGUUGCAGGGCUGACUGCUGCUGCGGCUUUGGUGAAGGAUGGCAGGUUUGAUGUUACUUUGUUGGAAGCUUCCGAUCGAAUUGGGGGUCGUGUGCACACAUUACCAUUAGGAGAGCAUUUCGUAGAGAAUGGAGCUCAGUGGGUUCAUGGGGACGUGAAUAAUUCCGUGUUUCACAAAGCCAAAGCUUUAGACUUGCUUGACUACUCUGGACUUAAUUUCUUAAAGUUUGAAUGUCACUCCGUCUUUGUAAACCAACAAGGAAAAGUUUUACCCAAAGAAAAACAUGACAUAUUACGGAAUAUUUUAGUAAAGGUUUCUGACGGUCCUGAAAGUCAUAACUCUCAGCCAGAUGAACCACUAGGAAACUGGAUGGACAAAGCAUUUUGGGAACAAGAAAUUACUCAAGACUUUGCAAAAGACGACAAACUUGUUGCGACACAAGUGCUAGACUGGCAGCAUCGAUUUCAGACUACAAUUGAUGGUUCCGACAACUGGUAUAGUUCAUCUUGUCGAGGUCAACAGGAAUACUGGGAGCUUGAAGGAAAUCCUCUUAAUGCGUGGAAACCUCCUGCAUGUUAUGCGUCUUUCUUGAAUGUAAUCUUGUACGGUAAACCGAUAUUGGCUCCAAAAUUCAUGCCAGAAAUUCCCGAUUGGAUUAACUUGGAGAAAGAAGUUGUGCAAAUUAACUACAAUUCUAACAAGAACGUUACAAUUGUAUGCAAGGAUGGUGCGGAAUAUUUGUGCGAUCAUACAAUCUGCACCGUGAGUUUGGGCGUCUUAAAGGAAAAGUUUGAAACUUUAUUUGUGCCCCCGUUGCCUACCCAGAAAAUUAAGGCCAUCAAGUUCUUGGAAAUCGGCUCGGUGAAUAAAUUACACUUUGACUUCCCCAAUAAAUGGUGGCCCGAUGAUGUUAUCGGCUUCAAUUUGCUGUGGGAUCCUCAAGUCCCCCUGAUUCAUUAUUCUUCAAACGUAACGGAGGAUGGAUUGUUGGUCGAAAUCGAUGGGCUUCCAUUGUGGACAAGAGGAAUUUUAGGAUUUUAUAUAUCAGCUUCUCAUCCCACUUCUUUAAAUUCUUGGAUUACUGGGCCCACAGCACGUCUCGUAGAAAAACUUGACGAGGACACAGUAAAACGCACAUUCAUGAAAGUCUUGCGGCAAUUUGUUGGGCUAGUGUAUGACAUUCCUGAACCGCAAAACUUUCUCCGUUCUACCUGGUUUUCCAACCCCUUCACCCGAGGAUCCUAUAGUUUUCGUGGCGUUAAUAGUGAGCUGUACAACGUUUGGGCAACUGACCUUGCGGAACCAGUCACUUGCAAUAAUUCACCUGUCUUGUGUUUUGCUGGAGAAGCGUCUCAUGCUCAUUUUCACUCUACUGUUCAUGGUGCACAUGAUUCAGGUCUACGAGAAGCCCAGCGAUUAAUAAAUUUCGCCACAGGAUCAACUGCUGAAUUGUCACAAAUGUUCCCCUACACUGACUCAAUGUUUGACAAUGAUGACUAGUAAAUAUACAAAAUCAUUUCAUAGUAUUUAAAUAGUAAACGUAAUUAAGUAUGAGGUUGACACGCGUAUUACUAUCUCUUCGUUUUAAGUCCCCCCAUUAUUCUAGUUACGUUAGACAAUAUGUCACAAAACAUCCUGUAAUGUAUAAAACCCCUGUGGAUGAAGACCCCUCUUAUCGCACAUAUCAAGAAAUGGUAUACUUUUACCUCUAUGAAAAGAUAUAUUGGAAGACUGCCGUUAGCAAUUUAGUAGAUUAUAAAAA